UUGGCUCUCUCGCAGCUGGUCAACGCUUUCGCACAUCCCUAUAAAUAUAUUCCAUCCAUCUCUCGUCGUAGCGCACAAACAAAAUCCGACAUCUUUGAAGUAUCAAAUCUAGCUUCGUGAUUCAGGAAGAUCGACGAGAAUAUAACAGAAAAAAGAGAGAGGUUGCAGAAUUUAUAAAUGGCAGCCCUGCAAGCCCGAGGCCUAAUUUUCCCCUCAUCCUCUUCUUCGAGCCACGGCCACCAGAGGGUCCGUGCUCUUCUCAGAGUUCCUGUCGAUCUUGGAACACUUGGAGUCUCCCUGCCCAAGAUUCCACAGAUCGCCAAGCGGCAAGAAGGUCGAAUUAGCCUCGGAGAACUCGAUAAGAUUGACGCCGACAGCAGCCGAUCGCCGGCACCUGCAACGGCCGACGAGCUCGUGCUCUCGAAGAUGUACGCCGUACUGGAAGCGAUCGCCGACCGAGCCGAGAUGCACGCCAUCAUCGGAGAGCAGAGGAACAACUGGAACCACCUCUUCACCAGCUCCGUGAACUCCAUCACCCUCGCCGCCUCCUUGAUGGCCGGUGUCGCAUCCAUCUCUGCCGCCGGCGACCCCUUGGCCUUCAAGGUGUCGUCGGCCAUCCUGUUCGCGGCCGCAGCGGGGAUCAUGAUGAUCACGAGCAAGAUUCAGCCCUCACAGUUGGCGGAGGAACAAAGAAAUGCGACGCGGUUGUGGAGGCAGCUCGGGAGGUCCAUCGAAACAAGUCUCGGCCACCGAUUCCCGACCGAUCGCGACGUCUCGGAGGCAGUAGAGAAGAUGCUGGCGCUUGAGAAGGCCUACCCGCUUCCCCUGGUCCCGGGGAUGCUGGAGAAGUUCCCGGCGGUAGUCGAGCCCACUCGGUGGUGGCCUAAAAUUCAACCGAAGAGAUCACGAGCAACGCACGCCGGCGAUGGCUGGAGCAAAGAUCUCGAAGAGGAGAUGAAGGGAGCGGUCAGAGUGCUCAAAGUAAAAGACGAGGAAGAGUACAUUAAGCUGAGUAACUUGGCGCUGAACGUCAACAAGGCCUUGGCCACGGCCGGACCUCUUCUCGCCGGCGCCGCCGCGUUGAGCUCCGGCUUGAUAGGUUCCCCUGCGCUCGGUCCGUUGCCGGCAUUUGUGAGCGUCGUCGGCGGCGUGCUUGCGGCGACAGUUAACACGUUGGAGCACGGUGGGCAGGUGGGGAUGGUGUUCGAGCUGUUCCGCAACUGCGCAGGGUUCUACCGAAGGUUGCAGGAGGAGAUCGAGAGUAACCUGGAGGAGGAGGAGGCCGAUAGGAGGGAGAACGGCGAGGUGUUUGAGAUGAAGAUAGCGCUGCAAUUGGGAAGAAGCGUGUCUGAGCUCAGAGAACUCGCAGCCUAUGCGUCUCCUUCGCGCGAAGACGAAGACAUCAAGGAGUGCGCUGGGAAGCUGUUUUGAGUCUUGAUUGUAGCAAUUAUUGUGCAUAGCUAACGCUAAUUCGUACACGCAAACUAUAAAUUCAUUCGUUAAUUCAUUUUAAGACCAACUGUUCAUACAACAGAAAUGGUGUUGGCACGAGCAUCAACCCCGUUCACAAAAACUCCAAGUCAUCGUUAUGAUCUUCAAUAGCGAUUAUGGCAUGAGC